AAUAAUUAUAAGCUGUGUCAUUGGUAACCUAUUUUUGGCUCAGGCCGGAUCUCUCUGCUAUUAUCAGUUUUGUGUCAGCAGCCACAUAGAAGGUAAGAUUUCAAAUUCUGCUAAAGAUGUCUGAGAAGCAAGUUGAAUCAGUACCACUCUCCUCAAAGCAAGAGGAGGCUGGAGGACCUCCUCCUGUCUACCCACAGCAGCCGGUUGUCUACGCACAGCAGCCUGUCGUUUACGUAACCCAGGCCCAGCAGGCGCCCCCAGGUGGUGUUCCUCCAAAAGACUACUUUGUGAUGUCCAUACUAACUCUCUUGUUCUGUUUCUGGCCUCUUGGCAUCGUUGCUCUGCUCAAAUCCAUUGAGGUGAGGAGUGCCGUUGACCGGGGAGACUACGCUGCAGCUCAGACCGCCUCUAAGAGUGCUCUUCAGCUCAACAAAUUGGCUAUCAUCAUUGGCAUAAUAGUGCUUGUCUUUGUUCUGGUCCUUGUUGGCCUGAGUCAGCUCUCGUGGAUUAUCCCAUUUGCCGUAAUAAGACGCAAUUAGUGAAGGAGAUUGCGAGUAUCAUAAUAAUUACGGACUUUAUAAUCAACUUUUUUUUAUGUCAAGUUAAACUUCGUGUACUCUUGGGAAUAA